CUUCAUAUGGCUGCGCCUGGCGAGCGACUGAGUCGUCCGUGAGGAAAAAGAGGCGAGGCUUUUCCGAGAUCGUCUCAGCGAUGGCGCUUCGGUCGCGGUUUUGGGGGUUGUUCUCGGUUUGCAGGAACCCUGGGUGCAGGUUCGCAGCCCUGUCAACCAGCUCCGAGCCGGCAGCGAAACCUGAAGUGGACCCUGUGGAAAAUGAAGCUGUCGCCCCAGAAUUCACCAACCGGAACCCCCGGAACCUGGAGCUUUUAUCUGUAGCCAGGAAAGAGCGGGGCUGGCGGACGGUGUUUCCCUCCCGUGAGUUCUGGCACAGGUUGCGAGUUAUAAGGACUCAGCAUCAUGUAGAAGCACUUGUGGAGCAUCAGAAUGGCAAGGUUGUGGUUUCGGCCUCCACUCGUGAGUGGGCUAUUAAAAAGCACCUUUAUAGUACCAGAAAUGUGGUGGCUUGUGAGAGUAUAGGACGAGUGCUGGCACAGAGAUGCUUAGAGGCGGGAAUCAACUUCAUGGUCUACCAACCAACCCCGUGGGAGGCAGCCUCAGACUCGGUAUUUUUGCUUUCAUGUACUUAUUGAAAAGAUGAAACGACUACAAAGUGCCAUGACAGAAGGUGGUGUGGUUCUACGGGAACCUCAGAGAAUCUAUGAAUAAAUGGAAGCAUUAAUUGUUUUGAACAUGUAAAUAUAAAUCUGUCAGCCACUACAGCCAUCAAAAGAGAGCAUCUGGAAGAACAGCCAGCUUGGAAGUUUUACAGCAAUAAUGUUGCAGUGGAAUAUUAUUUGUAGUUAAGGUCAUCCUCCUCCCCUUUCUGUUUUUUUAAAUCAAGAACUACGUUCUGCCCCUCUCUUGGGCUUCAGAAGCAUCUAAGAAAAGCAGUCAUCAAUUAUAAUUAACUUUCAAAGGGCAAGUCAGAAGUUGUUUAUAAAUUACAAAAUAAAGGCAUAUUAUGAACUCUUA